GGGAGGGGCAGACCGGAGACACACCCCACUCGAUCCCGAGGGGGUCACGUGACGUACUCUGGCGGCUGCGUCAGCUGAUCUCUGCUGAGCUGCGGCCGUGGCGGCGAUGGAGUUUCUCUUGGGCAACCCCUUCAGCUCUCCGGUGGGCCAGCGUAUCGAGAAAGCUACUGAUGGCUCCCUUCAAAGUGAAGACUGGGCCCUCAACAUGGAGAUCUGCGAUAUCAUUAAUGAGACAGAGGAAGGGCCAAAAGAUGCCUUUCGGGCGAUAAAGAAAAGGAUCGUAGGGAAUAAGAACUUUCACGAGGUGAUGCUUGCUUUGACGGUCCUUGAAACGUGCGUCAAGAACUGUGGUCACCGUUUCCAUGUGCUGGUUUCUAACCAGGACUUUGUAGAAGGUGUGCUGGUCCGAACCAUCCUCCCAAAAAACAAUCCACCUGCCAUUGUGCAUGACAAAGUGCUGACCAUCAUACAGUCCUGGGCAGAUGCAUUCCGCAGCUCACCCGACCUGACAGGAGUGGUCGCUGUCUAUGAGGACCUGAGGAGGAAAGGUCUAGAGUUUCCCAUGACUGACCUAGAUAUGCUCUCACCCAUCCAUACACCACAGAGGACUGUAUAUACCUCAGAUUCCCCACCAGGGCAGAACUCACAGGCAGUGGAUGCCCCCCAGGCAAUAGACUCUAUCCUGCACCCCGUGUCCCUGCCAGGAGCUCCAGGACCGUCAGCCGAGGCUCCCAUCACACCUACUCCAGAGCAGAUCGGGAAGCUACGCAGCGAGCUAGAAGUAGUGAAUGGGAAUGUGAAGGUGAUGUCUGAAAUGCUGACAGAGCUAGUGCCAGGACAGGCUGAAACCUCUGACCUUGAACUGCUCCAGGAACUGAACCGGACGUGUAAAGCGAUGCAGCAGCGUGUUCUGGAGCUGAUCCCCCGUAUCCUCAAUGAACAGCUAACAGAGGAGCUGCUCAUUGUCAAUGACAACCUCAACAACGUUUUCCUGCGCCAUGAACGGUUUGAACGGCUCCGCUCAGGACAGCCAGCUAAGCAACACAACAAUACAGAAGAUGUGAACAAUUUGAUUGAUGCAGGACCUACCGCUACACCAGCAGGGAAUGAGUCUGAAGCCCCCAACUCUCUUUCAUCUCAGCUUGCAGGAAUGAAUCUGGGUUCUGGCAGCGUCAGUGCAGGGCUGCAGUCCCUUGAUCAUUCUGGCAGACUGGAAGAAGAGUUUGACAUGUUUGCACUGACCCGUGGCAGCUCCUUGGCUGAGCAACGCAAAGAGGUGAAGUAUGAAGAUCCUCUGGCCACCAAAGGACUAGCUGGAGCCUUGGAUGCCCGGCAGCAGAAUACAGGAGCGCUGGAGCCAGAACCCCCGAUCUCAGAUUGGAUGAUGCAGCAAGGAAUGAUUCCUGUCCCCCAGGCCUCCCUCAUGGAAGAUAUUGAGCAGUGGCUCUCCACUGAUGUCGCUGAGGAUCCGAAAGGGGUCACCAGUGAAGAGUUUGACAAGUUCCUGGAAGAGCGAGCAAAGGUGGUGGAUCGGCUGCCCACGCUUCCCAAUCCUCCAGCUGGGGCCCCUUCCCCUCCAGCUGGCUCCGGCCCUCAUCGGAAGAAAGAGAAGGAAAGUGAUGCGAUGUUUGCCUUAUGAGCCGUCCGACAGACUCUGGUGUGCUGUGGCUGCAAGAGGACCUGUGUGCUGCACUGCUCUCCUCCUCCAUGGGGGGAGGGGGCAAGAGAGGAGCGGGUAGGGGCAGGGCCCCCUCCCUCUCCCCUUUCCUCCUGCCUCCCUUACUAGGCUGCUUUGGGGUUAAGUUAAUCAUUUCUGCAUCUGGGGACAUGAGAGAGAGAGAGAGAAAGAUAAAAGGAAGUGGUGGGAAGUGUUUGCAAAGAUGCCAAAUGCCUUGCCAAGAGGAACUGGGUGGAUUUGGGAUUUCUCCUUUGUGGUUGAAGUAGUUUUCCUCUCUCUCCCUCCCCCCUUUUUUUCAGUGAAGUGACUAAAAGCAAUGGUAGUUUCCUUAUCAGUCCCGCAAGCAGCUGCAUUAUGUUGUCAAACUAAGCACUUCACCUUUUACCUGCUCUCUCUCUCCCUCCCCUCUGUACUUUGCCUUUCCGUGGCUGAAUAGGAAUCAUGGACACUGUUUACAAUUAAGAGAGAGCUGUUUUAAGUAGGGCAAUGAUGCCUGCAAUUUUCUGCUAAACUCCCCCCCCCCCCGAUCCCCCUUCCCUCUUUGGCAAGAACCUCCUGAGUGUACCUGCUGGCAUUGAGCAUACUGCCUGCAGGCCAUGUAAAUUCCCCAUUGCUAGCACAGGUGUCAUUCUCAUGGCAAGGGAGGCAUCCAUGGUACCCAAACCUUCCAAGGCCAGUCUUUGAUGCUAGAACCACCUAAGAGGCAGACUUUUUUGAAAUGACCUCAUAAGACCCAUUGAUCAUGGCUUCUCCUCCCUCUCUGUUGCCAUCCUCUGAUGCUCCACUCUAUAACCCUUCCAUCUUAAAACAGAGGGGUGAUUUUCUUUUUCCUUUUUUCCUGGUGCAUUAGAACACUAUAAUGAAAGAGCAGUUUGUUGGGGGUGAAAUGCUGAAUAUUCCAUGUACCUGGGAGACUUGCCUUUUAUAUUACACUUUAAAUAAAACACCUAUGGACCUCA